UGAAGGAAACAUCUGUGCUGUGUCUGCUCUCUUGAACCUGAACGUCAGACCAACCAUCGACUGCAGGAGACAUGAGCCUCAGACCAUCUCACCAUCAUCAUCAUCAUCAUCAGCCCAGAACACCAUCACAGCUGAGCCUGGACAGGCUGUAGUUCUACCAUGUCGAGUUCCAUCAGACAAAAUCAUGCAAGGUAUGAAGUGGAACAGAGCUGACCUGGGAGAUAAUUAUGUGCUUUUUUUCCGGGAUGACCGGCUGGAUCCAGAUGGUCAGCAUCCAUCUUUUAAGAACCGGGUGGAUCUGCAGGACAGGAAUAUGAAUAAUGGAGACGUGUCUCUGGUUCUGAAGAAUGUGACGACUGCUGAUGAUGGAUCAUACAAUUGUAAUAUUUUCAACAAAGUGACAAAAUCAUGGGAGAGCAUCAACACUGUCAGCCUGACUGUUUCAGGUCAGACAGCAGAACUCACAGUUGCACCUGUUGGACUCAUCGCUGGUCUGAGUGUUCCUGCUGUGAUUCUUGUUGCUGCUGCUGUUGGUUUUGUGUGCUACAGAAAACAUAAAAAACAGAACCGGGAUUUUAACUAGCAUCCUCAUGAACAGCAGGUUUCAAAUGUCUCUAUGGUUUAGUAUGUGUAAACUAACAAAACACUAAACUUACAAAACAACACUGGUUUAAAAACUAAUUAUUUAAUUUAAUCCUGGAUCACACUACAUGACAUCACUACAGAGUUCAGACAAAUGAUGCAUCAUUUACCCGAAUCACUAUAAUUGAGAGAAAUCCUGGAAAAAAAUAUUAGGACAUAAUAAUUGACAAGUUUCACCUGCUCUAUGUGUAACUCAAUGACCUCUAACACCUGAAAUAUUUUAUUGUAUGAAGGUAAAAUAUUGUGUACCUCUAAUAUUCAUCAUCUAUCCAGAUCUAUCACAGUGACAUGGAUUAUAAAGCCUUUCCAUUUAAUGUAUUUAAAAGGUGGCGGUGUGGCUCUUCCAUCGCUGUCACUGGCAGAUCUGAAUGAAUACUGACCUUAAAAGUGAAGGUGAACCCUGUUUGAAUGACAGCAUGUUGUUUACCAGUUCAUUAGUGAAUAAUAACUGGGUCAGGGAUGUCAAACUGGUUUUACAUCUUGGGCCACAUUAAACUCCCCUUUCUGUCCAUGUAAAGUAGUUUAAGUUCACGUUCAAUCUGACAUAUCUCUGUGUAAGAAGGAGAACUGCAACUUUACCAGCACCUCUGAGUUUUCUCUAAUAAAUUUCUGUACUAGAUGGUGAAAAAACAGGAACUUUCUGUAACUUAACAGCCUGUUUAUUGUUUAUUUACUUUGGUGUCGUAUGAAUCACCUUUGAUGAGGUCGUCAGUUGAAAAGCAGCAAAGCUUCAUUUUCCAAAGACACCCAGUGGGCCUGUGAUGGGCAGAUUAGGGCCCCCGUGCCUUAUGUUUGACACCCCUACUCUAAGUCUUGUGGUCUGACCCAGAGAGGUAAACUCUGACAUUGACUUAAAAACAAAACUGAGAAAAAGAUAUAAUAGGACAGGAUGGUUGAAAUUUUCAUCUGUCGUGUUUGGAACAUGUUUUUUCCCCAAUAGCAGCUAAGUUUAUUAUUUAUUCAUUAUCAUAGAAACAUUAUAGCAGGUUAUGAUAUGGAUGUGUUACUCAGAGAAUUGAAUUUGUAACCUCUGACCUUUGUGAAGCUUUUCAGCUUAAAAUGCCAGAACGACCAGACACUAAAGACAAACCCACUGCAUAAAGGAAACUUUACUACACUAUGUAAGGAGCAGAAGACACUAAAAUACUAAAUUAAAACUAAAACAUUUUCAUGCUAUAACAUGAAAACUGGCGUCAUGCAUGUCAGCUGAUCCUUUUAUCAUUUUUAGUUUGUCAUAGAGACAAAAAGUGACGGAGCAUUUAGAGCAGAACAUCCUAACAGGACGUUCAACUCUGUGGUUUUACAGUUACGCUGUGUUCAACUGUGAAUAGUUCAAAACCAAGGAGUGAUGUCAGUGUAGCUUAGAGGAAGUCUGAAAUAGAGUCGACAGCCAGGAUCACAAACACUACACAGUUUCUGAUUCCAUCCUUUUCCUGUAAGUAACUAGUUAAUGUAACUCUUCUUUCUAGAUAACAAUUUGAUGUCAAACGUGACUCGUGUGAGCAAAGUAAAGGCUUUUCAAACUACUUUCUAUCCAUCUGUACAUCUAGUGUCUCUAAGCACUCACUGCAGCUGUUUGUAACUCCAUCAGUGAUGAUGGUGAAAUGACAGGGAGCAAACAAAUUACAUAAAAUGUGACUAAAUAAAGGGACCAGUGAGGAAGUGUCAGUACAGCAAAAAGAUGCAGAAAACAAAACGAUGGAGUAAAAAAAAAACAAGGUUAAAAGGAAAACACAGGAAGUGUAGUACUGAUGUAUUUUGUUCUUUCAGGUCAGGAAAUGACACAGGUGGAUAGAUUUAUUUUUUAUCUAAACAUAUUUACUUUGCACACAGGAACAUGUGAGAUAUGAAAAAUGUUCAAAAUUAUUAAAGUUUUUACUAAUAUUUGUUGAUUGAUUUAUGACCAGCUGCUGCAGUCUGGAGCAUGAAUGUGAUUCUUUGUUUAUUUGCACUUGAAUGUUCGCUUGUUAAUGCUUGUUUGCAACGUUCUGCACUACAGGAAUAAAAGUAAAGUUUAAAAAUCA